UCAGUCAGAGGCGGCCAGCAGUACCUGCUUCCCUGAGCACAGCCGAGCCUGGUUCCGGGCUGUCCCCGGAGCGGGCCAUGCCCCCGCGGGAGCUGAGCGAGGCCGAGUCGUCCCCGCUCCGGGCCCCGACCCCUCCCCCGCGGCGGGGCAGCGCGACCCCGGAGCUGGGCAUCAAGUGCGUGCUGGUGGGCGACGGCGCCGUGGGCAAGAGCAGCCUCAUCGUCAGCUACACCUGCAAUGGGUACCCCGCGCGCUACCGGCCCACGGCCCUGGACACCUUCUCCGUGCAAGUCCUGGUGGAUGGAGCCCCUGUGCGCAUUGAGCUCUGGGACACGGCAGGACAGGAAGACUUUGACCGCCUUCGCUCCCUCUGCUACCCGGAUACCGAUGUCUUCCUGGCCUGCUUCAGCGUGGUGCAGCCCAGCUCCUUCCAAAACAUCACAGAGAAAUGGCUGCCCGAGAUCCGCACUCACAACCCCCAGGCGCCCGUGCUGCUGGUGGGCACCCAGGCCGACCUGAGGGACGAUGUCAAUGUACUGAUUGAGCUGGACCAAGGUGGGCGGGAGGGCCCGGUGCCCCAACCCCAGGCUCAGGGUCUGGCCGAGAAGAUCCGGGCCUGCUGCUACCUAGAGUGCUCAGCCUUGACACAGAAGAACUUGAAGGAGGUGUUUGACUCAGCCAUUCUCAGUGCGAUCGAGCACAAAGCCCGGCUGGAGAAGAAACUGAAUGCCAAAGGUGUGCGCACCCUCUCCCGCUGCCGCUGGAAGAAGUUCUUCUGCUUUGUUUGAACAGCUAUGGCAGCGUAGGGAGCAGUAGGCCAUCGGCCACAGACUUCUAGAACCUAGGGCAAGGGGCCUUUGAGGGGGCUACUGGCCCAGCCCGCCACUCCAUUGGGACUCAGUUCCCUUCUGAAAACUGGGGUGAUUCUGGUCUCUAACUGGCCACACUUAGAUGCCAGGGUGAGCCUAGGGCCUGGAGGAAGGAAGGCUCUGACUUGGAUUUCUGUGGUCAAGGCUCACAGAGAAACCCAGCACUUUGAUUUUCAUGAGAUGGUUCUGACAGUGUCAGUCACCUUCACACAGUUUGGGAUCCAAUUCCCAGUUUCUUAUCAUGGGCCUUCACAUCAGCCUGGCUGAAUUAGGGCCCUUUUUGGUGAUCUCCACUCCCUCCUUGUCACAGGAGUGAGGAAGAGCCCUGGGAACAGCUGGGUAUCUGGAAAGGCUGGAAGGUGUCCAGCUCUGAUUUGGAGAGAAGUUUGGGAUGGACUAGGUAAGACAGAGGUCAGCGAGAGAUUGAGAGGGAGCAGAAAGCAAGGCCUUGGAGCCUUGGGUUGAGGAGGAGCAGGCAGAACAGAGAGCUAGGCCUGGAAGGAAGGAGAGCUAGGAGAAGGAGAGCAGAGAAGUAGGGCAGCAGAGGAGCAAGGCUGACACCUGGGCUGCCCUCACCCGCCAAGGCUAGGAAGGGCGGGGCUGGUCCCUGGGAAGAACUGAGUCUCAGGGCUCCCUAGGCACUGCCCAAACUGGCUGGGCCAGGAGUGGGCCAGGAAGUGAGAGGCAAGGCCCAGCAAGAGGAGGGGGAGGAGCUGCAAACUGGAGCCUGGAGGAAAAAGAGGCUGGGGUCACCUUUUUCUCCAAGGUCACAUCCUAGAUGGUAGAGCAGUGCAGAGUCUGCCAAUAAAGCUGUAAGUUUCUGAA